CCUGUUAAAUAACUUGUGUUGUGUACAGAAAGGGGCCGGACUUUGGCUCUCACAGUUAUACAACUUUUUUUUUUUUCUUCUCGACCAUGUGUCUCCUACCGCAAAAUACUGCGCGCGAUUUCCUCCACGCUUGUUGUAGUUGAUGCACCUGGGCUCUCAUUUCAUUGCGGCAGCAAAGCAGUCACAAUGGCCCCUAAGAGAAGAGGAUCUGUUGAUGCCUGCGCGAAAGCGGAGACGAAAAGAGCAAAAGGGCCGGCUGUAAAGAAAACAGGCUCUCAGCGCAAAAUGACAGAUGCGAACGAUAACAAAGUGACUGUCGGAGCUAAACAAGGCAGAAAGAACUCCAAGGUGGCCAGAGAACUAACAAGUAAACCAAAGAAGGAGGAUUCUGAAAUUAACUCCCAGAUUUUAGAUCAGAUGCAAAUCAUCAGUUUUAGUACAGUUGAUCAUGGUGAUAACAGCUCUGGUGAGGAACCAUGUUUGAAAGCUGAGGAGGAGGAGGAGGAGGAAGAGGAGAGCGAAGAUGAAUGGCAAGAAGUUGAAGAAUUAACUGAACCAGUGUCUUUUGAAUCUGGUGUCUCAGCUCUUUCUGAACCAGUCCUGCCUUCAAAGCCAGUAGAAAUUGAAAUUGAGACUCCAGAGCAGGCAAGAAAAAGACAGAAGAGGGAAAAAAGGAAGGCAGAAUUUGAAACAUACUUAAGGAGAAUGAUGAAUCGUUUCAGCAAAGACUUGCAAGUGGAAACUCAUAAGGUCCAUUUGUUGUGCCUCUUAGCCAAUGGUUUCUUUAGGAAUCGAGUCUGUAAUGAACCCGACCUUCAUGCCAUUGCUUUGUCUAUAAUACCUACAAGAUUCACUCAAGAUGUGCCAGAAAAGAUGGAUUUAUUCUUCUUGUCGAAUUUGGCUAAGUGGUUUACCUCCGCUUUUGUCCUUAACCCACAUUUAUCACUCGACGAGAAUGAAAACCUUCAAGUACGCCUGGAGAAGAGGUUUGCACAGUUUGCUGCAAGAGAUACUGAGGAGAUGACUCAUAUUUUCUUAAUUAUUCUCCGUGCAUUACGUUUAUUCUGCCGCCUAGUGAUUUCUCUACAGCCAAUUUCAAUUAAGAGUCUGCCUGGCAAGAAAAACCUCAGCUCUGUCAAUAAAGAGAAGCCCGAAAAGAAAGAAUUAGAAGAAAGUAAGGUAAACAUUAAGAAGGAAGAUGAUGAUAUGGUCCCACUGAAGAUCCAAGGUGUUAACAAGAGGGCAGCCACUGGAACAAGGUCUAAAAAAAUGGCAAAAAAACAACGGCCAUCUGAUUGCAAAGAUGAUAAGCCUCAGAAUUCAAAAGAAGCUUUGCAAAAAACGAAAAACAACAGGCUAAGGAAAGUGGCAUCCAAGGUUUCAUACAAAGAAGACAGUGAUGAACAAGAUGGAAGUGAUUCUGAUUUUCAGUUGUCUCAUGGCUCUGAUAGUAGUUACUCUGAAGGUGAGAAGGAGAAAGAGAAGAAAACAGUCGGGGGUUCAAGGGGAACUUCUAUACCUGCAAAAAGAAAAUCGUUUGGAAAAAGUAAUAAAGAAAAAAAAGAAAGUUCUAAACAAAGUAAGGUUUUAAGUGAAGAUGAUGAAGAGUUGGAUAAAAAAGGUAUGCAGGGGACAGAUCAGUGGGUUGAAGUAUACCUUGAGCGUUUUGGCAAAUGGAGUUGCAUUGACUGUAUGGCACCUUCAGUAAACCAGCCCCAGAACUGUUUUAAGCAUGCCACAAAACCUGUAAAAUACAUUGUUGGCUUUGAUAAUAAUAAUUUUGUCAAAGAUGUCACAAGGCGAUAUGAUCCAGCAUGGAUGACAUCCACCAGGAAACUGCGAGUCAGCCCAGAAUGGUGGGAGGAAACCUUACUAUAUUAUCAAAGUCCCAUCACUGAAAGGGAGAAGAAGGAGGACCAGCAGCUUCAGACUCAGCUCUUGGACCAGCCCUUACCAGCUUCAGUUUCUGAGUACAAGAAUCACCCGCUGUAUGCACUUGAGAGACACAUAUUGAAAUAUGAAGCCAUUUACCCGCCAACCGCAACAGUCUUGGGCUACUGCAGAGGAGAAGCGGUGUACUCCAGGGAUUGUGUUCACACACUGCAUUCCAGGGACACAUGGUUGAAAGAAGCAAAGGUGGUGAAGCUUGGCGAGGUCCCAUACAAGAUGGUGAAAGGGUUUUCGAAUCGUGCAAGAAAAGCACGCAUGAUGGAGGCUGAAAGCCGGGAAAAAAACGACCUUGGAUUAUUUGGACUUUGGCAAACAGAGGAGUACCAGCCUCCUGUCGCAGUGGAUGGAAAGGUUCCACGAAAUGAUUACGGAAAUGUCUAUCUCUUCAGACCAUGCAUGUUGCCCAUCGGCUGUGUUCAUCUGCAAGUGCCUAAUCUCCAUAAAGUGGCUCGCAAGCUUGAAAUUGACUGUGCUCCAGCAGUGACUGGUUUUGACUUCCAUUGUGGAUUCUCGCACCCCGUUGUAGAUGGCUACGUAGUGUGUGAAGAGUUUAAAGAAGUUCUGCUGGCAGCUUGGGAGAAUGAACAGGUGGAAAUAGAAAGAAAACAGCAGGAGAAACGAGAAAAGAGAGUCCUUGCAAACUGGACUUUGCUUACUAAAGGGCUGCUAAUAAAAGAACGAUUAAAAAAGCGCUACCAGCUUCAGAGUAAGCCAGAGGAAAACAUGGGUGACGCAGCUGGUGAUGGCUUCUCCUCGGACGAGGAAGUUCCAAACUCCCAGACUACUGCGACUGAUGUAGCUUCUUCCUGGCCACAGAACCGGCAGGGUCCUGAGGGAAAAGAAACCUUAAGGAAAACCAAACGGGAGAAGAAGGGAGAGGAGAAGCACUUGUUUCCAUUUGAAAAGUUGUAAGAGUCUUCCUUCCUUUCAUGUACCACUGAUUACCUCGCUCUUAAAUUAUUUCAUACUGUACACUGGCUAACAUGUAAACCUUCUAUGUCAAGGACUUGUUAGGACAUGAAAGCCUGCUUCUGAAGAUGCGCUGUCAUCAAGUACAGACUGUAGAACCUUAUGUGAUUUUUAUACAGGUCUUUUGCAUAAAUCAUUUCUUAAAGUUU